UGCUAGAAUAUAAUAUUUAAAACGCAUUUAAUUGUGAUAAAUAAUACACGUGAAAUUUAAUCAGCGAGGUUGAUUUGCGAAUUAAAUUGUGAAUUAUAAGAGAAAAAUGACUUCCGACUGGUAUCAACAAAUAGAUCGACCCAAGUUCGUGGUUGCUCCUAUGGUCGAUGCAAGCGAGCUAGCAUGGAGACUUCUGUGUCGCAGGCAUUGUGCUCAGCUGUGCUACACUCCAAUGUUCCACAGUAAUGUUUUCACAAAAGAUCCUAAAUAUAGGAAGGAAAACUUAGCUACUUGUGAAGAAGAUCGUCCACUAAUUGUACAGUUUUGUGGAAAUAAUCCUGAGGUGAUGGCUACUGCUGCGAAAAUGGUAGAAAAUUAUUGCGAUGCAAUUGACAUAAAUCUUGGUUGUCCACAAUCUAUAGCGAAAAGAGGUCAUUAUGGAUCAUUUCUGCAAGAUGAAUGGGAAUUACUCAAAAAUAUUGUUGGUGCUAUGUCUAAGGCAGUAUCAAUUCCAAUCACAUGUAAAGUGAGAAUUUUUGAGAAUAUAGAGAAGUCAGUCCAGUAUGCCCUUAUGUUACAAGAGGCUGGUUGCAGACUGUUGACAGUGCAUGGAAGGACUAGGGAACAGAAGGGACCACUUACUGGUGUCGCCAGUUGGGAACAUAUCAGAGCUAUUAGGAAGGCAGUGUCAAUACCAAUGUUUGCAAAUGGCAACAUCCAAUGUCUCCAGGAUGUGUACAGAUGUUUAGAGUUUACACAGGUUGAUGGAGUGAUGAGUGCUGAGGGAGCGCUCACCAACCCAGCGCUGUUUGAAGGAAUUAAUCCAGUGACAUGGGAAAUGGCUGAAGAAUAUCUGCAUUUAGUGGAAAAGUACCCAUGUCCAACAUCGUACAUAAGAGGACAUCUAUUUAAAAUAUUUCAUAAAAUUUUUACAUUUGAAGAAAACAACUCCACAAGAGAAGUUCUAGCAACAGCACAAAAUCUUAAUGACUUUAGGAGAGUCAGUAUAGAAAUUAAACAUAAAUAUUCUCCAUAUCAUGAUGGAAGUAUUCACUUUGAUGAUGAUGACAAUAUUACGCGACAAGGAUAUAACUUGAUUUUGCCUCCAUGGCUAUGUCAACCAUAUGUCAGGAUAUCUCCUGAGGAGCACAACAAAAAAAUGGAAAAAAUAAGCAAUAAACAGGACAAUGAUAAUGAAGCUAAGAGGGUUUACGAAGGACCAGAUGGUAAUAUUUUGUCUAGAAAGAAGAUGAAAAAGAUGCGACGAGUCAUGAGGCGGCCACAUAAAGCGGACAGCCACGAUCGUGGUGGUAGAAAUGGCGGAAUAUGCUCAAGAAUCGUAUGCCCCAAUCCUCUAGGAGGUAAAUGUGGUUACCAACUUUGCAAAAAGUGUUGUAAAAGCAAAUGUUACGAAGAAGACCUAGAUUGCCCAGGACAUAGAAUAUUAGUGCAUACAAGGAGAGAAAUGGCUAAGAAGUAUGCUUCUGAAAACAGAGAGAAGACAUAAAUAUACAUGUUGAGUACUAUUAUUAAUUUUAGUAAACAAGUUGUGUAUAUUUGUACAGUUUUAUUAUGUCGCCGAAAUAUAUUUUAUUCAAUAAAACAAUAAAAUCAA